UUUGGCUGCUAUCUGAGAUACCAAACAGAUUCAAUACAGCUUUACAAGAGAAAGUGCAGUAUUCCUGUACAUGGCUAUAUAUCAGCGCGGUGUGACUCCACGCGAGCUUGGUGUGUGUGGCGGCGGUGUACUUAUGUUGUCUGACCGAUAGCGCACAAUCUUACUGUGACCUCCAAGCGUUGCUAUUCUCUAAAAAGGUGGUGCUAUUAGAUGAUAUUUGUACAACAUCUUAUGACUAGCGAAACACCUGCUCGGCUGUAUUCAGUGUGCAAAUCUCAAUAGGUAACUGCGGAGGUGUUUAUGGAUUCUCGUCCCAGCACGCGCUGUCGUUUCCUACGGACACCAAUACAGACAAUCUGGUUUACCAUCACUCACAGUCGUAUGAUCAUAACGUCAGUGAAGUAUUAUAUAUAUAUAUGACCGGUAUCCUUCUUUCAAUUUUACUAUAAAGCCCUAUGAAUCAUCAUUCUCGACUUUGUUAUAUGUAAGUAAGUACAUUGACAUAUAUACAAAAACAGCCCAGACAAAACUUGAAGAAAAAUGAACUACGCCUGUAUAUGGACAAACAGUCAUUAAAUGACUCGUACAGUGGUCGCCACUAAAGGAAGGUGAUACCCUGUCGGGAAUACAACGAUAAGUGUGCGACAUACGGAAUUCGAUACAGGCACCGGUGGUGUAACACCUGGUAGUUCGGUAGGCAAAUUACCCGUCAUUAUAUUGUUGACAAGUGUUGGAUCUCUUACCGUUCCAGACACACUACAAGGUAAGAUCUCCUUGAUCUGACUGUCAGUAGAUCAGGCCGAGAUUGGAUUAGAUAUGUCAGACAGUUAAAGAGACUGUUGAUCAUCCGGCGUGAGACACCUGUCGACAAAGUGGGAUCUAGACAGACAUCUGUGAUCGUCUUAAAAGAUUCACAGGUUACACCAAGCAACACUUACUGGUAUAUUGCUGCCAUCGAGUCGAUAGCACGGUUAUACAAACGGCUAGCGAUUAGUAGAUGUUUUAAAUAUGUAAUGGUGUAAAAAGAAAAAGAAACAAAAUCGAUCCAAGAACACAUAUUGUAACAUAAUUCGAUGGUGACAGAGUGGCCACUUUUAGCAAUGAUUUAAAUCUUUGUCGUUACGGACUGAUUGGCUCGUCCACAACGUAAUUUAGUUUCUAAUUCGUGUCUUCGGAGACUGAUUUGUGAAAUUAUAGGGAGAUAUGGACUGAUACGCCCGUGAAGCCAGUGGUUCUUCCGAUUGUGUGUGAUAUAGUAACAAAGUCAUUUGUCACAUCUCCAUGAAUACUAAUUAAGCACGUCAGAGGCGCUGACGUCAUAGGGGACGAAUCUACAUAUGAUUAUAUAGUGAGAACUAUGAAGCAUACGGCAACCGACUACUGAUAUGACUAGGGAACAAUGAUAUCGAACCCUUGGAUAAAACAAUCUUAAUAAAAGAAUAGCGAAGGUUAUCCAGACAAAAUGAGCAGGCAUACUAUCUGCGUUUUAAUAUAUAUUUGUGUAUUUGCUAUUGAGCAAAUAAAUAUUAUCUAAACUGCAGUGAUAAUUUCAAAUAUGGCGUACUUUCGUUUCGAUUGGAUUUUGCUGCGUGUUUGGACACUGUGUUUAUUGGUGUUGGUUUCAACUGUGUCAUCAUGGACUACGUGUAGCAAAUCCAAAAAGGUAUAUAUAGUCAAUGCAAACGAAUAUCAACAGAAACAAGGGACACGGAAGGCCGCUAUUAAUUGUUUUCAACUUAUGCUGACUGAGACGGUGCCCACUGAUGAUGUUUACUGUAAUAGAACAUUUGGUGGAGGGAUAUGCUGGCCGUACGCACGCGCCAACAGUACGUUAAAUGUUGAUUGUCCGGACUACAUCCAUGGAUUUAACCCCAGAGGUAAAGCGCAGCGAUUUUGCACAAUUGAUGGGACAUGGGCGAUGCACCCCACCCGUAACAAGACACUGACUAACUAUGAUGGGUGUACAGACUACACCAAGGAGGAGGCCAAACGGGUGCCUGUGUCCACCUACACAAGGAGCCAUGCCUACACAAUCAAGGUGUUGUAUGAGGUCGGGUAUGCGAUAUCCCUGGCUUCCUUGACGUUAGCUGUGUUCCUCAUGUUGGUGUUCAGGAAGCUGCACUGUGACAGAAAUACCAUACACGUGAACCUAUUCGUAUCGUUUAUACUGAAAGCGAUCGUAUGUCUGGUAAAGGAUUUGCAGUUUAUACCACAAGGAUACUCCGCUAUAGAGGACAACGAGAUCCAGUUCUUCUCAAUCGGCCCGACAUGGCCUUGCAAGGUAGUCUACACAAUCUUCCACUAUUUGACGACAGCUAACUACAUGUGGAUCCUCGUAGAGGGACUCUAUCUACAUAUCCUCAUAUUCUUCGCCAUGUCCAACCUGAAGAAAUUCUUCAGAUUUUAUAUUGUAUUUGGAUGGGUUGCCCCGUUUCCUUUCGUGUUAUGGUGGGUCAUAAUUCGACUCCGCUACUCAGACAGCCUGUGCUGGAGCACUGACGAGCAUGGCUAUCUGUGGAUUAUCCGAGGUCCUAUUGUCGUCUCUAUUUCGAUCAACUUUUUGCUCUUUUUAAACAUCAUCCGAGUCUUGUUUACGAAACUUACGGCAACGAACAGAGCGGAUCCAAACAGAUACAGGAAGUUGGCGAGGUCGACACUGGUUUUAAUCCCGCUGUUUGGGGUCUACUACAUUGGUUUUGCUGCCGUUCCAGACUGUAUCGGCGACUACGCCUAUGUGGUCCUUUUGUACAUUGAAAUAUUUUGUAGCUCCUUCCAGGGCUUUAUUGUGGCUGUUCUCUUCUGCUUUAUGAAUAACGAGGUGCGUUCGGAGAUUGCCAAGGUGUGGAAACGACACAUGUUACGGCGACACAGUACCAUAUCAUUCCGAUCAAACAGAACAAUUUCCACCGGAAGUUCCAUGUUCUUCCAACGAGGUUCCCCAACCUCGACUCGUCACCAUGACACAAUUCGAGACAUGGAUUCAUCAAUUUCGCCCCAACAGACAACAUCAUCUCUCCUGCCAGCAUCUCCGGAAGUUAAAAAUGGGGACAUAUAUACAGUAGAUACAAACAAUGAGAUCACAAUAACAGUAAACGGAACUCCUGUAAAUGGUGGUCUGUCCAAUUCGGAGGAAAAUCUUACCGAAACAAGUCGAAUGUUGUAAAAUGAAUGACAUUAUAAGUGAAGAUAUGGUUUUGGUAUAAAUAUACCACUUUUCUUUGGUCCAAUGUACCGAAAUAGAGAGUUUAUUUUGGAUUUAAAUGUAAGAAAGUUGUCUGUAAUAUUACUAUAUUAUCUAAUGGAAAUUAUUGUGAAUUACAAGGAGGUUAAAAUGUGAAAUGGUGAUAGGAAAUUAUUGCGAUCAAUUGUGAAAUGCAGAUUGUCAGAUUAUUUUGAAAUGCCGCAUUGUUUCAUUGUGAAAGAACUGACUGAUUUUUAUUUGAUAUACUGAAUGGUUUUAACGUGUAUUUGUGAUGAUCAGUUUGUUGUAAAUCCCUCACCGAGUAUCCUAUGUGUACUACACCAAGCUUCGUGCGUGAACUGACCGAGGAUAUGUGUAUAUUGUACAACAGCAUCUAGUAAAGCAGAUAUCGUGCGUCUAGUACACAAAGACUCUUGUGUCAAGUACACAAGGAUUCGUGCGUCUUGAAAUCCAAGAUUCGUGCGUCUAGUACACAAUAAUCCGUGCGUCUAGAACACCAAAAUUCGUGAGUCUAGAACAUCAAGAUUCCUGCGUCUAGAACACCACGGUUCGUGCGACUAUUACACAAUAUUUCGUGAAUCUAGCAUACCAAGAUUCGUGCGUCUAGUACACAAAUAUUCUUGCGUCUAAAACAGAACAUCUUGACUCGUGAGUCUAAAACACCAAGAUCCGUGCAUCUAGUACACGAGGAUUCAUUCAUUUAGAACAUCUAGAUUCGUGCGUCUAGAACUCCAAGACUCGUGCGCCUGGGACACCAAUAUUCGUGCUACUAGAACACAAACAUUCGUGCGUCUAGAAUACCAAGAUUCGUGCGUCUAGUACACAAAUAUUCGUGCGUCUAGAACAGAACAUCGUGACUCGUGAGUCUAAUACACCAAUAUCCUUGCGUCUAGUACAAAAGGAUUCAUGUAUUUAGAACAUCAAUAUUCGUGUGUCUAGAACUCCAAGACUCGUGCGUCUAGAACACCAAUAUUCGUGCGUCUGGUACACAAAGAGUCGUGCGUCUAGAACACCAAUAUUCGUGCGCCUGGUCCACAAAGAGUCAGGCGUCUAGAACACCAAUAUUCGUGCGUCUGGUACACCAAAAUUCGUGCGUCUAGAACACCAAUAUUCGUGCGUCUGGUACACCAAAAUUCGUGCGUCUAGUACACAAAGAGUCGUGGGUCUAGAACAGAACAUGCAGAUUCGUGAGUCUAGUACACCAAGAUUCUUUCCUCAAAUUAAUCAAAAUUCCUUAAUCUAAUUCAUUUUACCAAGAUUCGUGUGUCUAGUACACUAGGAUACGUGAAUCUAGUUCAAACCAGUAUUCGUGCGUCUAGUGCAGCUGUAUAUCUACUGCACCAGGUUUCACGCCUCUGGUACAGCAAUUUGGUUCGACUUAUUUUCUCAAACACAUUGUUUACCUUUUUAUAGAAAAUUAUUACUGAUAAUACCGUUAUAAAUGGAUUUUCUAUGUGGAUGAAAUACAAUUGGCGAUGUACAUAAAUAAUGAAGUGCGAAUGAAAUCCCAGUGACGAUAUUCAUCAUGCUUUUAUCAUGAGGUUUGAAAACAUUUAUUUCUUACUGUAUAGUUUAUUAGAUUAUCAUCAUCUUUUUAGUUUGUUUAUAUAUAGCAGGUACGAUUGCAGUUGACAAAAUAAAGAUAAAUAAAUAAUAUGUGAAAAAUUGUUUUACACGUACAUACCGUAGGGCCACAUUUCCCGUUAGAAUGGAUAUUCUAUUUAAAGCUAUCACCUUUGUUAGUUUUGACGUCGUGGUCGGUGCCGAAAUGUGUAGAAAAAACUAACAUCAUGGUUGACCACCUAAUCGUAUAUUCAUGAAAUCGUAUCAAUGCACAAACAUGGAAUUUGUGCUCAAUUAAUCUUUCUUGGAAUUCGCUUAUUCAAUUAACGGGAGAGUAUUUGGCUUUUACUUUCUCCAUCAAUCUUCCAGAUAAUUGACCAAAUGUGUGUGUUUUUUAUGAACUUAUCACUUUAACGUGAAACUGGGCUUGAGCACAGAUUGUCAGCUUGAGCACAGAUUGUCAGCUUGAGCACAAGAGCGGUUUUAUGAAUAUAGGCUCUGGAUCUGUCUCCAAAUAAUAUGCUUUAUUUAUUCAACGCAAGAUAUGUCACUCUAGUCUGUGUCUUGUUCCGAUUGUGGGGAACUUUAUCUUGUAAAUAUUCAUCAAUCAUUAUAAAUUUGUAAAAAUAUAUUGUUACAAAGACAAUUAAAUAUGAUAUCAAUUCGGUUGCUGUAUUUUUCAUUAAAUCACAGAUGUCACUGACGCUGUUUUCACGAAAAUUAUUUUUGUGAAAUAAAGAUUACCCUUCACGUCCAGUGUUUAGAACCAUGUUAAUUUUAGUUUGUUGACUUGGUACUGAUAUUUUAAUGAAUCAAUGCUACAACGUCCAGUGUAUCCAUGGCAACAUUGACAAUGGUAUGCAUCCUUAACCCGGUUUCAGACAUUACUAUCUAUUACAGGAUACAUAAUCAAAGCAGUUUACUGUGAUAAGCUUAACUAUUGCAUUAAUAGUGAAAUAAAUUUUUUCGUUUUUUUUUUUUUAUUAUUAAUUAGUUCUGCUACAAUCACAGUUCUAUAAAUGUUUUGAUAGUGCUACAAAUACAUUAAAAGUAUUUAUAUCCAUGUACGAAUAGUGAUCGGAUUAAAAUUAUGCUAAUGAAUUGACAGUGCUAUAAUUUUAUGUUGUUUUUUAUUGUUUUCGCGGUGAUAUGAUAGUAUUUAUGUUGUUUUUUUAUUAUUUUCGCGGUGAUAUGAUAGUAUUUAUGUUAUUGAACUUUGAUAAGUGAUCUUAUGUUGAUAGCGACGUAUUGAAAAACGUCAUUUCUUUUAAAUCAUUGUAUCUAUAGAACUUUGAUUACACAAAUAUAAAUGGAUAUUUAGCGUUAUGAUUAAACUUAUGUUAUUAUACUUAUUGUACGCAUAAUAACUACUUAUGUUUUUUGUGUAUUUCUAGUGUUCUGUUACAUCGAUAUUAAUGUCUAUUGCGUGUUUUGAUUACACUAUCGUUACUGUACUUAUGGUGAUAUGAUUAAACUUAUAACAUUGUAAGUGGAGCUACAUGUGUUAUAACCUUUUUCUGUAAAUGUAUUUAUAAAACUAUGAUUACACUUAUAUUUAUGUAUUCAUAACGUUUUGGUGACGUUAUCCUUUUAUCGUCUGAAAAACAUUUAUUUGAUGAUAGAACCCUAUGGAUCCAGUGAGUGAUAAUUAUGAUUAGCAUUGCCACCUUAAAUCCAAUGCAACCCGACAUCGUUUAUCGUUCCUGCUGAUAUAGCAAACCAUCAAUGUUAACAUACUUAUUUGACCCGUGGAUCAAUCAACCGCUAAAAUAUUAUUUUAAAGAAAAAAUAGAACUUUGAAUUUCAAAACUACAAUAACAAUCAAUUAUAUUUACAUUAUGAGCUGUCUGUCAAAGGAUUGAAAAUCCUGUACAUAUUUUAUGUAUUUUGUCAGAAUGUAUCGGUGUGUCAGUGUGAAUAAUCGUAGCCGUAAGGACGAAAACCAUUUACAAACCUAAAAACGUUUCGAUAGCAUUACAUUGCGUGUGGAGACGUUUCCAUUUAUUUGUAUGGACAGGAAAGAAGUUGCUCUUCUUCCGCUCACAAAAGAAUAUUUUUUUCGCAUCUAGAGACGUCUACUACUAUGGGUACGUAAACUAUUCAAAAUUAAUAAAACUGUUAUCCCUUGCACUCAAUGCUCUCCAUGUGAAAAUACUACCUUAAAUGUAACAUGUACUGUCUGAACCUUGGCAAAAUGUCACGGAUUCAAGGGCCUGCAUUUUGUAUUAAAAUUAAAGGUAUCCUGGUCACGGCCCCAUUGCUUUUACGAAAGACCGAAUCGCGCUGAUCAAAUAUAAACCUGGUCUCCCCCUCUUGAUUCUAGGUCUUUUUCUACUCGAUGACUACUAUACAAUGUCGCACUUCAUUUACAUGUUAUUUAGUAUAAUCUAGAAUAAGGUUGUACCACGCACGUCUAGGUGUGUGGUGGUGCAUGAAUCAUCCUGGUUCUAAAACACCUUAUUCUAGUAGCUUAAACAGAUGAAAUAAAAAAAAUCUUGUUAAUACCAAAUAAAUAAAUGAUACCACGUCGGCAGAAUGAGACAAUCUACGUCGUAUAUUUAAUAGAAAAAAA